AUGCUGGGACGUUCUUGGCAGAUGACGGAGCAGUGCAACGGGCUGCGGCAGCAGCUGAGGAACGCUCAGGAGCACAAGGCGAGGCUGCAGCAGGAGCUGAUGGAAGCCGGAGAUAAUGCCAUGAAGGCAUUACGUGAGUGCGUGGGAGCUCUUAGCAUAUUGCGAGCAGAGGAAGUACCUCAGCUGCUAAGCGACAUAAAGAGACACAUCCAGCCGGUGGUGGAGCAGGAGGAGGAGGACCUGGUUGAAGUUAACCCUGAUCCCAAGCUAGUGUUGAGCAUGAGGCUGCUGGUCAGGACAAUUAACACGCUGCUUGCUGUAGCUACCAACGCCUGA